UUUUUCUUUGUCAGCCAUCUUUGUCUUUCAGUUUUAAAAUUCCUGGUAUUUUCCGGCGAUUACCGCUAGUAAUUUAGUAUCUAAUUAUUCCUGUUAUUGUGCUUCGAAUCCUUUCAACUUAUUAGAAAUGGGCGUAGACGUUGAACCUAUUUCUCCUGGAGAUGGACAAACCUACCCAAAGACAGGACAGACAGUAAUAGUUCACUACACAGGAACAUUGAAAGACGGAACUAAGUUUGACUCAUCUCGAGACCGAGGAUCUCCUUUCAAAUUCAAAAUCGGCAAAGGAGAAGUUAUUAAAGGAUGGGACCAAGGUGUAGCUAAGAUGAGUGUUGGGGAACGUGCAAAACUUACCUGCUCUCCUGACUUUGCCUACGGCUCUCGUGGUCAUCCUGGAAUCAUUCCACCAAAUGCUACCCUAAUUUUUGAUGUUGAACUCCUGCGAGUGGAGUAGUCAUUUGUACUAUCUUUAUCUAAUUGUAAGCCGUAUUUUCCGAAAAAUGAACUGACCUAUGCAUUUCAACUUCAGUUACAUUUCUUGUCUCUUUUAUUUAUCAAUGUACCAUUCUAAUUUCCUGUCUGUACUCUUUAAUCUCAAAUAUUUUUCUUAAAAAAUUUGUCCUUCUAUAUUCGUAAGUUCAAUAGUAAUUAGUUAACAAGCCCUAUUCAUACAAAGUUAUUCCUUUGACAUCUCAAUGUUAGUUUCCGAAAGCGCUUUCUGGUGCUUUCGAUGAUUGGUGUCUAUCACAUUUGAACAAUUUAGUUAAAGCUUUAUGUUUUAAAAUUUUUCAGUCUGAAUCCAGUCUGAAAAAUCUCUAAAUUAUCAACUUCAAGUUCAAUCGCCAAUUUUUUGUAUUUAUUUUGUCCAAAUAUUAUUUUUCUAUUUCUUUUAUUGGCAGCUUCGAACUGCCUCAACCUUUAGUUCUGGUAAGGACCCCACCAAAUUUCGUUUUUUACGUUCUUAAUAAUUUUUUCUCAUUUCGUAGUCUUUCAAAUUUUUUUAAAAUUUAUCUUAACUUUUUGGCUAUUAUAAUUGUAUUUUAAAUUUCAUCUUUUACUCCCUAAAGACUCCCACUCAGGAAGUUAGUCGCACAAUUGCUUGAAGCAGAUCGGUAGAACAACAGUGAUGUAUCGUCUACUUAACUAGUACUAUUCGAAUCAAUAUCUCUCUAACAUCACUUGUAUUGGAGUAUUUUUUCUUUACCCUGUUUUAUUGGCAACUUCAUAAUUCUUCUCAAUUUUCUACAGUUUUCAAUUGUCUUUUUACCUAAUAGAGUCUGAAAUAGAAAAAUAA